CAGCAAAAUUACGGCAUGAAAGGACUUGGAGAUCCAGAUCCGACAUCAGAAGGGGUGAAGGGAAAAGGAUGUACGGAUGUAGAGCAAUACUACGACGUGACAAACACUGGAGAUCAAGGGUCAACUUCAAAAGAAGUCAGUGGUGAAAAGGAUCCGGAUGUAGAGGAGAACUACGACAUGGCAGGACUUGGAGAUCAAAACCCGACUUCAGAAGAGGGGGAGGCAGAAGGAGGCGAAGUUACUGAGCAGAACUACGACCAGUCAGAAACCGGAGAAGAAUAUUCAACUUCAACAGAAGAUGGUAGUGAACAGGCCCCAGAUUUUGGACAGAACUACGACAUGACAGGAUUUCAAAAUCAAGAUUCGACUUCAGAAGGGGUGGAGGAAGAAGGAAGCACGGAUGUAGAGCAGAACUACGACGUGGCGAAAAUUGGAGAAAAAGAUUCUACUUUAAAAGAAGAUGAACAGGCCCCAGAUGUAGGACAGAACUACGGCAUGACAGGACGUGAAGAUCAGGAUCCAACUUCAAAAGAAGUCGGUGGUGAAAAGGGUCCGGAUGUAGAGCAGAAGUACGACAUGACAGGUCGUGAAGAUCCAGAUCAGACUUUAAGAGGAACCCAGACCAAGGCUGGAAGUUCUACUGACGGCCACAGAGAGAACAAAAAGGCAGUUCCUGCAUUCCUGGCAGCAGCAGCGAAAGAAAUAGGAGGGAAAAUCGUCAGCAAACUUGGCGACAGAAUCGCGGACGGUGUAGUGAAGAACCACCAGGAGAAGGUGGUGAACGGUCUGCAGGACUACCUGGUGAACCAGAUGGACAAGUUCGACGAUGAGUACAAAGAACUGCUGAAGGACACCAGUGGGCUGGCAGCGGGUUUAAACCGACCGGUGGAGGAGGCGGACAUCCAGCUUGUCCCCAGACCAGGAGCCAAGAUGGGUAACAUGUAUGCACCACCAGGCUGGGAGAUCCGUCAUAAGUACAAAUACAAGGAAGACAGAGAUGAAGACACAGGCAAUUCCGGCGGACAGGCAUCAGCCUACACCUACCCGGCCGGACUAGGACCAGUUCUGAUGAACGGCUGCUUCGGGACAGGCUAUAAGAAUGGAGACCCCUGCUGGGAGGCCAAGAUACCACAAGAAGGCUGUCCGAACCUGAUAGACGGCGCAACCUACCUCGGUAUCGGGUUUGACGGAAGAGGCGUGUACUCGGCUGAAUCUAGGAAGAAAAGUGUCAUCCAGAGAUCAUGUAAUAACUUGCAAACAUACGGUAAAAAUGAAGUACCUGACUCUAUGACAGUACAAGGCAUAUACGACACAGAUGUAGAGUCCUACACCUUCAGCUCAACGGAAGAAUACAGGCAAUACCUUGCGGAGAAAUCAGCCGUCACUUCUGCCAGUGCCAUGUUCCAGGAAGAAAUCGACAAGGCUUCUGGACACGGAGCAGGGGGUGGAGCGUUUGGACUUUUUUGGUCAGCAGGAGGAGGAGAAUCCAGUCAGAGUGGCACAUCCAGCCAAUCAUCAAGCUUCAGUGCCAGCUCCUCUGCUGCCGCUCGGCUGAGUGAGAAGCAGACACAAACAUUCAUGGCCAUGCUGGAAAUAAACAUAUUCAGGUAUGAGAUCUUCAUGGACGACGUGACGCCUGAACAGUUAAACGUGGGCUUCCUACGAGACUUUAUUUCCCUGCCUGAGUCCUACUUCUCUCCCGGUGCAGAAAUUCUCUUUCAAAACUUCUACCUCCGCUGGGGAACACACUACAUCAAGUCAGCCAAAUUUGGAGGCCAGCUGAAGAUUAUCAAAACAAAACAAGCUACAAAGGACCUGUCGAUGUCUGAGUUCGCGACUAGAGCCGAGACCGACUGGAAGAUGACACUCAGCACCUUCUCAGCCAAGGCGUCACAAACCAAGUCCAGUAGCUGGUUUCACGAGCACGAGACAAAGACUGAAUCAAAACAGUCUUCUGGACAAGCAGCUUCUGGUUCUCAAUCACAGGCCAACAGACAAGAAGAGAAGCAAGCAUCAGCCCAGGAGUACAGUAACGAGGUUCUGGUGGUUCAAGGCGGAGACCAGCUGAUCGCCGCUGCCAUCACGGAGAUGUACACGACAGCCCUAACAACAGAGCUGAAGGACUGGUUAGAAUCCAUUAACGACUACCCAAAACCCUUCUCCUUCGUGUUGAGGCUGGUCUCAGAUCUACUGAACAUCCCCUUUGUCUCGCUCUUCCCUGCAGGGGAGGUGGACUAUGGUUGCUUUGGUAGGAGGGAUCUUCAGACGGAAGUGGGAACUGGCCGAAAGUAUUACACUCAAAAGACAGUAAAACCGGAUGUUGGCAACAAGGGAUCUAAAAAUGGAAGUGAACCGGUAACGGUUACUGAGAUCCGUUAUUGUAAUUUUGAAAACCGUAAAGCCCUUGAAGACAGCAUGACGAAGAGGAGGCUGGCGCUUCAACGUGCUGUUACAGUGUACCUAGAAGAGGGUCGUCUCCUGAGUUCAGACUUCCUCCUGCCCGCUGGAGAGGCAGGCUGUGAAACCGCCAUGUUGGCGUUCCUUCAGGAAGACAACACCGGCGUGCCAACAUGGGAAUACAUGACCGGAGGAAAGGAGUUCACAGUCGUGUUUGACAUGCCGUACGACAUCCCGGGGAUUCUUCUGGCUCAAGACGUGCUGACACUUAAGUUCUAUCGUCACAAGUGGUUCUCUACCAGGAAAGGGUCUGUACCACAUCUGUAUGAUGGCUACAAAAACGGGGGAAGCAAUGACGUCCAGGAGAAAAAGGUCAGCGUUCAGGAUAUUGCACUUCGACUACAAACCACCCAGCUAAAUGACAACUCCGGCGGUCUGGGUUCGGCAACCCUGUACCAGUCGUACUUUGUCUGUGUGACUGAAGAUGUGGACGAGAAGACAACAGUCAUUCAAUACGGCAAGACGCCUGACAACGAGGAGCGUCCCCACGUCUGGUUAAGUUUUACAUUCAACGAGGUGGCGUCCCUGCGGUACUAUUCCUUCGGCAGUGGGGAGUCUCCUGUCAAGGUGAUGGGGCUGUCGCUGCUGGACAAGCCGGCAAAGGACUUCAUCAUCUGCCGGGAAGGGACGGAGGUGAUCAACGGAGUCUGUCAACAAAAAUGUCACUCCGAGUGCAACGGAUGCCGCACUAGUGGAUCCAACUCUCCAACUGACUGCAUCGCCUGUAAACAUAUGAAGGUGUCCUACCCCUACAGAGAGGGACAGACUGGUGAUUUCGAAUGCGUCGCGCAGUGUCCACAGCACAUGAAAUCUGACACUACUACAAAAGCAUGUUCAUGCAUUAAGAGGAUGGAAGAAACCCGCCCUGAUGGUGUUGUGGACUGUGUGACGGAGUGCCCUCUGACACACUUUGAUGAUAACAACGUGUGCAAAAAAUGCAGCAGCUUUUGUAAAGACGUCAGUAAUGAAGGGAAAAGGACCUGCUCCGGACCUGCUACAACAGACUGUGACACCUGCAAGUAUCAACAUGAGGGACGCUGUGUAGAAGGAUGUAGACCUGGGCAGAAAGCUGUGAAGGCUGAUAGCAGCAAUGCCUUCACCUGCCGCCAAUGUCGUCCCGGCCAUGAGUGUAAGCUGGGGGACGAGCAGGAAGACAUCUGUCCAGCGGGAACGGCCAGUAACGACAACAGGACAAUGUGCGUGCCGUGUGCAGCAGGGGAGUUUAGCAAUUCUUCGGCAGCAGAGUCCUGUCAGAUGUGUCCUGCCGGGAAGUACAGCACAGGCGGGGGUUCUACAACCUGUUUAGACUGUCCAGCGGGAAAGUACGGCGAAACAGUAGGGUCCACAGGUUGUAAGGUCUGUCCUGCUGGACAAUACAGUAGCAGAGCGGGGUCAAGCGGUUGUACGUCCUGUCCUGCCGGACAAUACAGUAACAGAGCGGGGUCAACCAAUUGUAAGAACUGUUCUGCCGGACAAUACAGUAGCAGAGCGGGGUCAAGCGGUUGUACGUCCUGUCCUACCGGACAAUACAGUAACAGAGCGGGGUCAAGCGGCUGUACGUCCUGUCCUACCGGACAAUACAGUAGCAGACCGGCGUCAAGCGGUUGUACGUCCUGUCCUGCCGGACAAUACAGUAACAGAGCGGGGUCAAGCGGCUGUACGUCCUGUCCUACCGGACAAUACAGUAGCAGACCGGCGUCAAGCGGUUGUACGUCCUGUCCUGCCGGACAAUACAGUAACAGAGCGGGGUCAACCAAUUGUUGGGACUGUCCUAUCGGAAAAUACAAGAAAUAA